AUGUGCUUGAUUGGUUUCAAUCCACACGCUUCUGCGGAGGCCGUGUCGCAUGCUGCGCAGGCUGCGGUGUGCGGUGUUUUUUGUUUUGCUUUUCUUUUUCAUCUUCUGUCCAGCUGUUGCGCGUUCCUGCAGCUCACCAUCUCUCUCCACUGCUGUUCGUUUUUUCUGCAUAUACGAGAGCGAGGCCCAAGUAAGAUGCUGACGCUGUGCAACGCGCUGUCGUUCCUGAUGCUCCUCCUGCUUUGCGGCGGCGUGGGCGUGUGCGAGGGGACGGUGACAACGAAGCCGGCCGUGCCGCCGAAGGUGGUGGGAAGUGUCGUAGACAGGACAAAGGUGCUCACGAGCGUGGAUCUCCCGGCGGACGUGAAGGAAACGAGGAACAGGGCCCUGCGGGCAACACAGCAUGCCUUUGACAACGCUACGGAGGCGGCCAAACAGUGCUUAAAGGCGAAGCUGGACGCUGAUGAGGCCAAAAGCCACGCCGACGAGGCAAAAAAGCUCUUGGAAAAGCUUGGUGGGGACUUUGUGUCCAAAAGUACUGCUCUGCAGGCUGCGAAGAAAGCUCAUGAUGAGGCUGUUGCUGCGCUGAGGAAGUGCGUUGAGGCGGAGAGGGCCGCUGCCGACGCCGACACUGCGGUUGUGGCGGCUCUUUACGAGGUGCUGAAUCACUCCAAGGUGCAGCGGCCGACCAGCCUGAGUCCGAAGGAGGCUUGGGAAAGGGUCCACAGGCAUUCGCUGCAGGCAGUCAAGGAGGCGCAGAAGGCCGAGGUGCACGCGGAGAAGGCGGCAGAAGCGGCACAAAAGGCAUCGGAGGCGGCAAAAAAGGCGGCAACAGCACUGAUUACGGCGAAGGAGGUCGUCGCGAUGGCCGACGAGUUGAAGAAGAAGUUGGCCAAGGAGGAGGAGGAGCGAAGAAAACAGCAUGAGGAAUUCCUUGCGUCCGAGAAGCGAAAGAUACAGGAGGAGGCCGCAAAGGCGGUCAAGCGUGCUGAGGCGGCUGAGGAAAUUGUUGCCGAGCUGUCGUCCACACAGAAGCGCAACCCAAAAACGGGUGCGAGAGGCACUCGAAUUGGGGUCGAUGGUGCCCAGAAUCCCCGGCACGCUGGGCAGGACCGCGGCAGUUAUGCCUCGGCACUUGCACCGUCACUACUACUGCUGUUGGCGGUGGCGCCCGCCCUGGCCUCGCUUGUGCUUUUGUGCUAA